GGGCACUUUUAUUAAAACGGACCCAAAGAUUACUAAAAGGUUACAGAUCACUGGCCUAAUAUAAAACUCAAAAAAAAAAAAAACAAUAAAGGCACUAAAAUGAAGUAAUUGGGCUGCCCAAAAAGAUCCUAGGCUCAAAUGAAGAAGCCCAAUAUCAGGGCACCGUUAGCAGAUCCGAACAUAAUACUCCCAAGUCCCACUGGCUACGUGUAACCUGGGGGUAUUAUAUAAUUACAAAUAAUAUUCCAAAUUAAAUAAUAAUUACUCUUGAGAUUUUAAUAUUUUUUUGACAUAUUCGGGUAUCUUAAUCUUGUGAUGAAUCCAGAUUCCAGGCCAAAAAAUGUGCCGAUGAGCCUGUAUAUUGAACUGGGCCACUUCAUAUGAUGCCUUUUUGCAGCCAUAAUACAUCUCUUUUUUAUGUACUCAAGGAUGUCUGGGGGGGAGGUUGAGCACCCGGAAAAAUUACGUCAAUCUUAUUUUUUCUUCUUAUUCCGUAUUAAACAAUUUAGUAUGCAAAAUUAAAAGUUAGGGAGUAUGAAAAAGUUGGGGCUAACCCGAUAAAUAAAUCUAAAAACAUCAUCACACAAUCUUAGUUUAAUUGAAACCCGUCCAAUUAAAAACAAAUCCUAAUCCUAACCCCCUACCAACCAAUCUUAUUCCAUAUGGGUCUUCUACUCGAAUGAAGUGCCUUCAAAACAUCUCACAUUAUCCCUUCCUCUUUUCGGCAACUUUUAGUACGUUUUACUUCUCUCCAACCAACUACAAAAAAUCAGAUCCACAUUUCCUCACCAAUUCUCAAGCAAUCUAACCACCCCACAAAGUCGCGGACAUAUGAGCUUCACCCAUUCCACCCAAACCAUUCAUGGUAAGAAUUUGGUGUUCUUGCAUCGCCUGCCAGUUUCAUCUAUCCUCGGCGCUUCAAGUAGGGCAUCGGUUUCUGUCGAAGUGUCCUGUCCAGAUGAUAAACUUGACUACAUGAGCAUUUUAUUCAUUUAUAGAGCAGAGAUGAUUUGUGAGGAACAAUUUGCCACAAAUAGGAGGAGUUAUUUAUAUUGGUGUUGUGAAGGAGUAAUGCAGGGAAAAUGCGAGCCAGUUGGUUUCCAUACUGCACAGUAGAUUGUCAGGGAAAAAUAUUUGUUUUGAUAUUGAAGAUAUUGAAGAUAUACUACGUAUCUUCGAAUGAGAUACAUUAAAUCGGAAUCACUAUGCCCACCUCCACUAUUGACCAAUAGAAAUUUUUCAAUCCAAAAGUUGCUGAGUCGCCCAAAUAGUGUCAAUAGUCCUCACCUCCCAUAUCAACCAAUAGGAAUUUUUUUAGAACAAAAAGAGUAAUGGUUUGCAACUCAAUUAUUUCACAUUAUUUAGUUUUUAUUUAUCUUAACAAAAAAUAAAUAGUAUCAAUAGUGCUCACCUCCCACAUCAACCAAUAGGAACCGACGAAUACCAAAAUUGUCUAAAAACGUGACCUCCAAUAGUUUUUGCAAAUAUUUAAUUUUCAUUUAUUUUCUAAAAUAACCAAAUGAACCAUUGAUGUUGACAGUUUUCAGCGGGAAUACUAUUCACAAAAAAACUUUGCUUUUAUAUUAGAAUAGAUAUGACAUUUAGGGCCAAUUUGGUAAGAUUUAUUUGUCUGAAUUACUCUAAAUUCAUUUUUCAACGUUUUCUGGUAAAUAUGAAAUGGAAAUUGGAAACCUCUGGUAAACAUGUUUUUUGAUGUGGAAAACAAAAAACUGAAAAAUGAAAACAGAAAAUUGAAGACUUGAAAACAGAAAAUGAAAACAAACCCUUAAUUUUUAAAUUUUCUCAAUUUGGAUUUUUUUAAGAGAAACCGGCUUACAUUAUAAAAUCAUACUCCAAACAGGUAACAUCAAGACCACACCCUAGAAACAAUCCAGUAAAACUAGAACACAUAACCUUAUCAUACGCCCUCACGGUCAAUCACCCAAUUAGAAGCAAUAUGACCUGAUAAUCCACAAAUGGGCAAAUGUAAGUCAACCAUGAUCGAUUUAGUAUCCUUACCGCUUAACCUAUUAUGAGCUUGACCCAUAACAAAGAUAAAGACCACGCUCAAAAAAACAAAAUCUAAAAUCCUUAUACAAGCGAAAAACAACAAAAACAAAGAACCUAAAUAAAUAAACUUUCGGAGAAGACUUAGGUGAGCCAGAGAUCCACGCCCGCCUCUUCCACAUUUUUUGGCUCAUCCACAAUCAUAGCCCCUUCAACUAGAUGUUCUUGUUCUUAGCAUUCUAACACUCGCUUCCUCUUUGGCUCCCCCAAGCGUCAAGCAAUUGUUCCUGUUUUCAAGGGUUGGUGAGGGUAAGCCGUCCAAAAAGAGGCGAAAUAUUUAUUUGGGGUAGGAUGAAGGGUGUUGUGGGAUUUUGGUGAAAUAUUUAUGUUACGAUUACCCUUGAAUUUGGAGCUAUUUACAAAAAAAAAAAAAUUAAUGAAAUUAACUUGAGAAAAGAAAGAUGAAAACGGAGUGGGAAGGAGGCCCUCCCUCCAUUAAUUAAUAGUUAAUACAGGAUAGUUUCCUUGUCACAAGCGAACCUUGCUCAUUUAGUUGGAUCAUCAUUCCCUAUUUGCAUACAUUUCCAGAGGAGAAAAAGAGAAAAGAAGAAAGAAGGAGGCGAACGAUGAGAAGGCCUCAAUCUCUGCCUCUACUGUAAGUUCGUUCCCCUUGUUAACAAAGAAAAUCAAUCCCAAGUCCGAAGAUAUAAUUUCUCACAAAAUGCAUUCUUCUUCCAGUAAACAACCCGGAGCGACUUUCAAGAACAGAGGAAAAGCACUGAACCAUGAUGAGCCUGAUAAAGAUGAAGACGCAUUCUCCAGUGACAUGAUGAUUACUUGCAUGCCAAUCCAGAAACGCCAACCCUACAAAAGAUGUAAGAAAUUUCCAACUCUUUUUGAAAUUUCUGAAACGGAGGGUUCAGUCGAAGAUAUUCCUUUCACUCUGAGAGUUCUGAAAUUGAAUGUUCCGGAAAUUCCUGCUUGAGAAAACAGACUAACAAUGUUUCUUAAAUUGUAGGAAUAUUCUUAAAUUGACGAAUCUGCGAAAUCAUAAAAAGAUUGGGGUUUUUACUUUAUUUCCUGUAAAACAGAUAAAAUGUCUCAAUGCACAUUUUUCUUUCUUUCUUCAAUCUCGGAAAUUGAAAAUCAAUAGACUUAAUUAGAUGAAAACAUUAUUCUUUCUUCCCCGGGUGUUCAAUAGAUUCCCAGUUUGAGAAUAUAGAAAAAGAACGAGUUUAAAAAAGGACUUGGAUUUUUUUGUCAUUCUUGGAAACUGAAAAUCCAAAAACCGGAAGCAGGCCAAAGAUUUCUUUCUUGCUGAUCGGUAUUAAUUAACUCCCAGUAUGUGAGAACAGAUAAUAGAAAAACAAUGGUUCACUUAGUAUGACAUUGAAUGUAUUUAAUUUGACUCUGGCUGGAAACUGGGAUCAGGUGAAGAGUAUUGUGGUGAUGAAUAUGGGCAAUGGAGGAUGGAACAGAUGAAGGGAGCAGAAAGGUUAGAGAAGGAGCUGAAGGGAAGGUGGUCAAUGGAGAAUCUGAUUGAUGAGCAGGUGAAGCGUUUCCAGGCGCAGUACAGCAGUACCCCGACCAAGCUGAUCAAAGAUGUAGCCGAGGUGUUGAUGCCAAAAUGGGCCCCGCCCCGUGAGCUAGCAGCCCUUUCCUGGUUGGGCGAUUGGAGGCCCUCGGCCAUCCCACGCCUCCUCCACUCCCUAAUCCAAGCGGGCACCCUUCCUGAGUCCCGCGCGGUGAAGACGGUUCUGCCCCUGCUGAUGGAGGAGUUACGGGCGGAGGAGGCAGUGAUCGAGGAGGAGAUGGCUGAAAUCCAAGCGAAUUGCAUCUUUCACCUCCCUUUGAGAAUGAUGAGGAAGAAGAAGGGGGGUGUGGCGGCUUUAGCCUGUGUUCACACCGAGUUCAAAAAGGUUCAUCAGGUUCUCAUCAAGGCCCAAAACCUGAGGGUGAAAGCAAUGCAUGUGAGUGUGAAGAAGGUUCUCAUCAAGGCCCCAACAGAUGCGGCGCAGUUCUUGGUUGCAUUUGCCAGGCUUCAAGAUUUGAUCCAUCAACAUGCCAUGCGCCACCACCUUAUUCAUGGCCCUGUUUCUGUCCUCACCGCCUAGCACCUGCCCACCUACACGUACUUGCAAAUUUCACAAUCAAAACAAUAUGUACAAAAAUAUAUAGGAUAUAUAGGUUUUCUUAUCUUCACAACAGAAUUGUGAUGUAGGUGUGUGUUUCUGAAUUUUGAUGAUCUUCAUUGUAUUUGAGGCAUCACAACUCACAAGUUCAUUAUAUUCAAGCAAUUCGACACACACACACGACACACAAUAUAUAUAUAGAGAGAGGACAGAUCAUAUCAGUUCAUUUGUCUGUCUUCCCGGUUGCAUUUUUAGCUGAAA